AUGUCCGUCUCAGCCUCUUCGAUCCCCGACACCUCGCUUGGCCUCACCUCCUCCGAAAUCCAGAUCCUUCGACAACAGCAACAGAUUGCUCUGCAAAAUACCCAUGCGAACAAUGGUGCUGCUAGGGGUAGAGGGACGGGAUAUACUAGCAACUCCAGCUCGCGCGCUACCAGUGCCGCGAGCAGUCAUGGCCGCUUGUUGCUUGACCCGGAAAGUCUCUCUGCACUAUCACAUCAGCUGGGUCACCUCGAGCGUCGCAUCAGUGGCCAGAUCGACUAUCUCUCGCAACAAAUCACAGAUUCCGUUAAGCGCAGCCGCAGUGGUGUGUUGAAAACAAUCGAGGCGGUAGAGGCUGAGAUGGACCGGACUCGUUCCAUGAUGGCCUCUGCUGACGAGUUGGACAACGAGUUGGCCAAAAUCGGCCAUAUUCGUGAUAUUGUCAAGUCUUUUCGCGGCCGAAUCGAAAGCUUGGAUCGCCGGAUGGACCAGUCCCGUCGACGACGCUGA